AUGCCAAUCAAUCUUGACAACAUUUCAUUCUACUCGGCUCCAGCGCAAGCUGUGCAUCCAUCGGCAGCCAGAAGCACGGUCAGACAGACUGUCGGUCCUUCCUGUUCGACGGUGGGAAGAACGGCGAUACCUCCUUCAGACGACACGACGACUACACUCGAUCAGAACAAGGGUCAUAGUGACGGAAACUCAGUCGCGUCCUACCAAUUCUUUCCAGGGGGGAAUGUUGAGGGUAAAGUUAAUUCAAAAGAUAGGACGCAUCUGCGGAUUGACCGCUGCCCAGCGUCAGGCGAUAUGGGCCACAGCCCAGCCAAGGAGUUUGUGGCAGUGGACUUAGAGAUGCGCGAGAAUCCGUCUCAGACGGCGGCUUGGUCUGCCGACUGUCUACCAGUCUCGGUGCCUUCGUUGCCACCCGGGGUAUUCGCUGCGGCAAUGUUUCCCUCGCACCAAGAUCCAAGUUCUGAAGAUGCCAACGACACAGCCAACCCGGCUGUCCCUCAAAAGUCGACUAAGAAUACAUCGACUGUCAGAUUGGAGACCCUUGUCCCAGACAGCACUCCGCCCUACACCGAGCAGCUGCCCCAAGGAAGCCAAGCAGCCGAUGAUGACUUUACGGCCUGGCUGCUGCAUCAAGAAGUCGUGCCAUCCAGCAUCGCGGAAGUUGGAGAGGCCUUAGAAUCCCCGAGAGGGCCUGCCGAAAAGUCCAGCACGACGCAAAGCCCAGCGUUAGCCGAAACUGGACUGCCAUACUCUAGUUUGGCAUCCCUAGGCCAAGAAAUGCCAUGCCACGCCGAAAUUUCCGCACGCCAACCUCUCUCCGGACAAGAGACUCCCAAUCCGUGGCCGAACCCUGGUGGUGACGUAGUUAGCCCCGGCUCAACCGACCGAAGCGGGCUGCUGAUCACAAGAACGGCGUUUCGUUCCAGCAAUUGUACACCUUCACCGAACGAAAUGCCCGUGGAUGCUGAGAAGACAGCAUCAGAUGCUCCUCCUGUAUACUCAUCUCGAGUCCAUCGCCGAGCUCGCAAAUCACGACUGCCAGCGGGCGCUUAUGCCGAAAUCGAUUCGGACCCGGAAUGUAGUGAUGAGGAUGGGGCCCAUGGAACCAAUGAUGACUGCAUUCAGCAAGGGCUCCAAGGCUGUGAGGACAAUUCCGACCAACACGGUCAGCCAAAACCCAAACGUCGCAAAAGAAAUUCCCAGGAGACUGUUCGCACCAGCAGGGCUCUGAGACCACGGAACAGAUCAUCGCAGCUAGCAUCAGAGCCAAGACGAAGGUCAGAGCGGGCUACGAAUCGACCAAGGGCAGGCAGAAUCCUGGCCCCGCCGGUCUCUCCUGCUUCUACCGAUAAUGAAAUAGACCCCAGAUCCCUCUUUGGGCUAUUCUAUGAGUGGCGUCUCAGAAAACCAGUCCUGAAGUGUGUCAAAGAGGAACUUAUUACGACAUUCCAAUUGGAAUGGCAACAGCCGUCCGCAGAACUACAACAGACGCAUUGGUAUCCCUCAGUUGAUCGGCCUUCAGGUUCUUCGCUGAAGAGACGAGAGUCUGCGAGGCGAUCUGCCAAGUCCAGAGGCCCGUUUGAAGAGCAGGAGAACAGACUAUUGAUUCGACUGAAAGGACAAGGCCUUUCGUGGAGGGAGAUCCACAGCAGUUUUUCGAGUUCCUUUCCGGGCCGGUCUCUCGGGACGCUGCAAGUCCACUUCUCUACUAAGCUGAAGAUGACGAGAUAA